AUGACAUUGUCGGCUUGUUUUCUGGUGAAACGCGAAAAACUGAUGGAGCUUCACAAUACGCUGAACAAUCUCUUCGAACGAGAAUUGGCGCAAGAUCGAGAAACCGAGGCGAUUAUGCUCGCCACUUUACACACAUUUGAUAGACCAUCUUACAUUCUGUGUUUCACUCUGGGAACAACGGUACUGCUGAUCCUCUGUCCAUCAUUGAUCUCCAUAAUUCAUCAGAUUAUUCAUCAUACCGAACCUAAAAGAUACACAUUACCGCUUCCAACGAAGUUUCCAUGGACCACGCCAAUCGACAGUGGUCUUCCUUUUUAUCUACAUCUCCUAUACCAGAUAUCCACUUGCUGGUGGAUGAUCUUCACCGUUGGCAGCGUCGACAGUCUUUUCGGCUACUAUGCAUUUCAGAUUUCUUCGAUACUGCGGGCCAUGUCCGCCAAAUUGAUGAAAUCGUGCAUCCGGGAAACGUUCAUAGAGGUCUUGGGUACGUGCGUACAGACACAUCACCAGUUACUGCGAUGCAGCCGCAUGCUAAGCGAUAUCUGGGGCUUGAUAAUCGUACGGAUGCUCUUCACGAACGCCAUACUUAUGUGCACAUUAAUCUUUGAAGCAAGCCCG